UGUCGUUUAUGGCAUCCUGCUGGAAGCGUUGUGAACUAAUUAAGUUAGCUUCAAGGAGCAUACGUGUAUCGACGUUACAUCGCAGUCAUUAAGUGAGCUAGCUAGCUCGUUUUACCUUUGGCACUGUAGUCGUUAUCAUUGCUAGCCACCUAUUCAAGUUCUUGAGUAGGAUUCUUUAGGGAUUGCUUUUUAAACUCUAAAUUACAGUUGCCUUUAUCACAAAGUCAACUGAUAAAAACUGUAGUUAGCUGCAAUGGCUGGAAGAGGAAGGGGUCGUGGAAGGGGUCAGAUGACCUUCAACCUGGAGGAUGUCGGCAUAGGACGAGGGGACAGCCUGCCCCCCACCACCUUCAAGCCCUCACCCCUUUUCCCUGCCAUGUCCGUGCAGCCAGUACCCUUGCAGACAGGGGAAGAGGUUGAGUACAUGCUGGCUCUAAAACAGGAGCUGCGGGCCGCCACCAAGAACCUGCCCUUCUACAUCAGACGGGCCGCUAACAAACGAGAUGUUGAUCGCUACUCUGAUAAGUACCAGAGUGGAGAGCCCAAGGACAGCACCAUUGAGUGGAGCCCAGACUGGAGCCGAUUGCCUAAAGAGCUCUGCAUCAAAGUGAGGAAGCCUCAGGGUAAAAAACCAAUACCCCAAGUUAAAAGACUAAAGAAACCACUUGUGGGAAAAGAGGAAAUUCUCAUGAAGCUUGAGACUCUUGAAAAGAAAGAAGAGGCAGUAAACUCUGAGGAAGAGGAAGAUGAUGAGAAAAAGAAGACUAACCAGGAAGAAGAACAGGCAGAGGAAGAGGACUACGAGGAAGACUUUGAAGAGGAUACCGACUACAUAAUGUCUUACUUUGACAACGGAGAGGAGUUUGGAGGGGACAGUGAUGAGAACAUGGAUGAAGCCACUUACUGAGACAGUGAGAGCCCUGAAAAAAAUAGAAGGCCCUGGAGUUAUCCUCUGGCAGUAGCAGUCUUGUAAUUUCCUGAGAAAUCGUUAAGUAAGAAAACAAAGACACUGAGGUCUAGUUGCUACUCUGCCGUGGCAUGUCUAGUUUAGAACAUGCAAAGAACUGCUGCUAUUUACCAGGAACUUAUCUGAUAACUUAGGUCCAAAACAAUGAAGGCUGUGAUGGCUGGUGAAAACAGUGGCUCAAUGUACAAUCGUGUGAAAAUCCUCAGAGAUUUUUCCUUUAGUGGUCUGCAGUGCCCAUGAUGGUAAACAGUCAGACUGAACCUUUCAUCAGCUAUGUAAUUGUAUCAGAUUUUUAGGCCAUAGAUGCCUUUUAGAACCUAAUGCUUAAUUGGAAGGGUUUAAAUCAACAAAUCUUGUGCAAUUGCUGUAAUUUUUAAGGUUUUAAGUGUUUUAAAGAAAGGUAUUUUAGCUUUUGCAAUUCAUUGGUGUAACAAAUCUUUUUGAAGUCUGUGCCACAAUCUGUUCUUUUUAAAUAUUUGAAUUCUUUAAUGUGAAAAACAUUUAUUCAAAUUACUGUUUAAAAGUGUUAAAAUAUUAUCUUAAAAGAAAAUAUUUUAAAGAAUCCUAUCUAAUUCUGGUGUGCAUUUUAUAACAACCAGCAGGUGGCAUGUUAGCCGACUCCUUUGUAAUUUAAAUAGUGUAUGUUCAACUGUGUGUAGUUGGUAGAUUAUGCUGAUAAAAAGGUAGAAAGGAAGUAGGUUAUUAUAGUGAAACAAAUCUUGACAUUUGUGUUAGCUGAAUUCCUUCUAAUUUAAAAUAUUCAACUCCUGGAAUCACAAAAAAAAGUAACUCCAAAUUAAAGCUGCAAGCAGCUUUUAGUGGGUUUCAGCAUUAAGCUAUUAGUAGCCAGAUUGCAGUUUUUCCAAUAGGACACAUCCAACUCAUGUCCAUAGCUGUAAAAAUAUUACAUGUAUGGUUUUUCCUUUUCACUAGUAUCCCCAUGUGGUCAAAUGGAAACAUCUUUCAUAUAAACUAAACUCACAACCCUGAUCAGGUGCACCAAAUGUAAUCAUGCCUAACAUCUGUCUUUUGAAGCAUUUUUCACAAAUUCAGAAUUGCAGAAAAAACGCCUGACUAAAUGGAUCCCAAUUCCAAAUAUGUUCCUUGGGAGGAGCUAGACUUAUCUACCUCUUUUCAAGACAGUAUCUCAAACAGGGUGAGUAUGGUGACCUUGCUAAUGUGAAAAACCUGGAAAUUUUUUUUUCCUUAUGGUCCUUGUCAACAUACAUACCAAGUAUAAUUAUUAUACCAUUAUCCGUGUAGGAGAAGUCUAUAAAUGUGCAAAACUACGCCCCCGGACAUGUUCAUUGGUCUAUAGCAUCCAUGUUUUUUAACAUACUGCCCGCUAUAUAUUUUGAGGACCUUGGUCCCUAGAUGCCAAAUAUCAAAGUAUGUGAAGAUCGGACAUUUGGUGCAAGAGGAGUUAAAAUUCAUCAUGGCGGACUUUAUGGGUCCCUGUGGCAAAAAUGAUCAUCAUGAGGAGGUACAUCUAUAUACCAAUUUUCAAGGCUAGGUCACAAGGGGUGGGUGUGGUGAGCUUGUAAAAAGUGCGACUUUGUAGGCUUGGCAGCGCCACCAUGAGGCCGACAUGCAUGCCACUGCACCAGAAGUUGAGGCCCUUGGCCCUUUAAUAACAGAAAAAUGUGGGCACCUUUUACGCCAUUUUAUCUCACAGGAAUUUGCAAUAAUAAUGAACCAGAACAAACACUAGGGUUUCACCAGUGAACUGCUGAAGCCCUAACAAGGAGUGAGUAUCUUUCACUAAAUUGGGUUUAACAUCCUGCCAUAUACGGCGAUAAGGAAAUACUACCACAAAAAUCCAAGCCUUAUCUUUAAACCAGGGAUAGAACUGCAGCAUGGUUUGUGUUCUAUUCCCAAGUUCAGUCUGCAAGUCUUUGGGCUCCAUCUGUUUGAUGCUGAGUUUAUCCUCAGCAGACAGACAAGUGGGUUAAGACCCUGUGUGAUUUAUAAUCCUCCUCGCUCAGCUUACUAGACCUGAUCAAGACUGGUCUACUGCAGCUCUACUCCAUCUCAUUUGUUGUUAGACCUCAGAAGUCCUGGCCUGUACCUGCAGAUUGAGGUCAGAGUUAAAAAUCAAGGAGGUCUAAGAUAUAGCAAUUGUCGAAUAUGCAACCUGUGAAUUAAAAAAAGCGUUGCUUU